UGGGAUAAACCAUAAUUUUUGUAUAUUUAAAAAAAAAAAUUAAAAAUAAAAGGAAAAAAAAGAAAAACUUAUUUUUUAAAACAAAAGUUGUUUUAUUAGGAAAGUUUAAAAAAUAAAAAAAGAAAGAAAAUGGCCACAGGAUUAAGAAAAUUUAUUAGUGACGAGAAUGCGAUUGAUAAGGUUCAUAAAAUGAAAGCGCAAAAAGUUUCUAAAGAAAUUACAUUUGGCAAAUUACAAAAGAGAGCUGCCUUAGGUGAACUCGGAAAUAAAGCUAUACUGCCAAAUACAAAUACAAUACUUGCUAAAGUUAAAGAGGCAACAGCACAAGAAAAUUUGAAGAAUGCCAAAGCUAGAGUUGAUACGCACUGGAAAAAUAACGAAGGUCGUCGACUUAUUCGGACCGAAUCAUUAAGGUUAAAUAAAAAUACUGUAAAUUCUGCAAAACCUAAUGUUGAAGCAGCGGUAAAUUCAGCGGUAACUACAAAUAAAAUGACAUUAAGGAAUGCAACUAAUCUGAAAACCAAUGGAACAGUUUCUAAAACCAUAACGCAAGAGCAGAAGUCAACUUUGUCGAAAGUUAACAGACAAAAUCAGGUCAAAAAAGAGAUACCAAUACAGAAAAUUGUUGUAGUAAAACCGGAAAAUGGGUUAAUGCGUCGUGAAGAUAGUAAUUUAUCUAGAAAAUCUUUAACAAAGUUGCGGGCAGUUUUAACAAAAGAUGCUGCAAAAAGGGACGGACUUGUUUCAAUUAAAGUUGAAAAUUGUAAUGGAACUACUAAAAAACCCGUCAAAUCCAAUGCUCAAUCCAUUGAUAUUCCAAAACAAAAAACUAUUAAAGCUAAAGAAGGCUAUUUAACAGAAACCACAAAUGUCGAAGCAAAAUCUGGUUUUGAAGACAUUGAUGCAAAUGAUAUUGAAAAUAUAUUUGCACUAACUGAAUAUGUUAAUGACAUUUUUAAAUAUUUAAAUGAACUAGAAGUAAUCUUUAAAAUAGAUGAAGAUUUUAUGAAAAAUCAAAUUGAAGUAACGCCACGUAUGAGGACAGUUCUUUUAGAUUGGAUCAAUGAGGUUGCAAGUCAGUUUCGCUUGUUAGCAGAAACAUAUCAGAUAACUGUUGGAAUUAUUGACAGAUACUUGCAGAUAAUACCAAAUACUACAAGAGGGCAAUUGCAAUUAGUUGGUGUUACAGCUUUAUUUAUUGCAACGAAAUAUGAAGAACUUUUUUAUUCUGAUAUAGGUGAUUUUAUUUAUAUGACCGAUAAUAGCUACACAAAAGAGGAUAUAUUAAAUAUGGAGAAAAAAAUUAUGAGAGCAUUAGAUUUUCAAUUGUCACGCCCAUUUCCAUUACAAUUUUUAAAACGAUUCGCGAAAGCUAUUAAUGCGGAACAACACGAAUAUUCUUUAGCCAAAUAUAUUUUGGAAUUAGUAUCAAUUGAGUACUCACUGGCGCAUUAUAAACCAUCAGAGAUCGCUGCCGCUGCUUUAUUUCUUUCUGUUAGCUUAUUAAAUAUAAAAAAGAAACCAACAGAUGAUAUUUGGAAUAAAACAGUGGAACAUUAUUCCACAUAUAGCUCUACAUAUUUGAAACCACUCGUUAAAAAAAUUGCUGUUGUAUUAAAAAAUGCACCAAAAGCAAAAGUUAAGUCGAUAUAUACCAAACAUAGAUCAGAAAAAUAUUUUAAGAUUUCAACAAGACCAGAACUUUAUGGGAAAACGAUAGAUUCCAUAAUUAAUUCGGAUGAAUGAGAACGAUAUUAAAAAAAAAUUUAUAAAUAAUUGAUACGUAUUUUUUUUUGAUAAGAUUUAAGGAAUUUUUUUAAUUGGAAAACAGUUCCAUUAAUUUAAUAUAUACAUACAUAGUUGGAGUUAGGAUUUAUUUUUCUAAUGUACGUUUAAUAUUAACAUUAUUUUCUUUUUUUUUUUUAAAUACAAGGUUAGUUUUAACACAUUAGCAAUGAAAUCAAUUUUUCACGUCAAAAAAUUAUAUUGAAAAUUAUAUUUUUAUAUUAAUUAUAAAAAAUAAGCAUAUGUGCACGUUAAAUAUCUUGUAUUUUUUAUAUAAUAUAAAAAAAAUAAAUUUUACACGCAUAGGUACUUUAACUUUUAAAACAAACUUUGUUCAAUAGAAGAAUAAAAAAAAUUAUAACUAGCAAAGAAAA